GAGGCAGCGGAGCCUCCUAACUUCCCUAAAGUCAAAGAGACGUUACAAAUUGUUGAAGCAAUUUGGCCAAUUUAUGCUUACAUACAACGGCUACUUGCAGCUGUUUGCUAGCCGUUUGAUCAAUCUUUUCUACCUGGACCCAUCGAUACCCAAACAUACACACUCUUUCUCCCUACAAACACUAGCCUAGAGAGCUGCCUACCAACAUUUUGCUCGCCAUACUCUGAGAAACCCCAUUUUCCUGACCUAAUAACUAAGUGGGUCUUAGGGUUUUCGAAAUGAACAUCUUCAAGAAGAAAACUUCACCCAAAGAUGCACUACGAACCAGCAAAAGGGAAAUGGCUGUUGCCACUCGAGGCAUUGAGCGUGAAAUUGCCUCUUUAGAAAUGGAAGAGAAGAAAUUAGUAGCAGAGAUCAAGAAAACAGCUAAAACUGGGAACGAGGCAACAACUAAAAUUUUAGCUCGCCAACUGGUUCGACUUAGGCAACAAAUAGUAAAUUUGCAGGGAAGUCGUGCUCAGAUCAGGGGUGUAGCAACUCACACUCAGGCGCUAUAUGCCAGCACUUCAAUAUCCACUGGAAUGAAAGGAGCAACUAAAGCAAUGACAGCCAUGAACAAGCAAAUGGCGCCUGAGAAACAAGCCAAAGUGAUCAGACAAUUCCAAAAAGAGUCUGCACAGUUGGAUAUGACGAUUGAGAUGAUGUCGGAGUCUAUAGAUGAAACCUUGGAUAAAGAUGAAGCAGAGGAAGAAACUGAGGAGCUUACAAACCAGGUGCUUGACGAGAUUGGUGUGGACAUUGCCUCACAGUUAUCUUCAGCCCCAAAAGGUCGUAUUGCAUCAAAGAAAGUCGAGAAUGUUGCUCCUCCCAGUUCAGGGUCUGCUGAUGUUGAGGAUCUUGAGAAAAGGCUGGCCUCUCUUAGGCGGACUUGACUGCCCCAAGAUGAGCUGUGCUCUUCUUUUCUCCGUGGUGUACAAAAUAAUGCACUUUCACUUAUUCUGUACAACUUUAGGUGUUCAAAAUGUACUUAUAACAGACUUAUGAUGUGCCAUAACCGAAUGUACUUUUAUUUGUUGAAUGAUUAUAGAGUAUUUGGGUUGAUAAUAAUCAUACAACAUUUCAUUUCCUGGGUAAAAUCACUCGUGGCGUA